AUGUGUUCGCUUUGGAGAGGCUCUUCGUUGACACUCACUUCGUCAUUUAGCCGACGGUUUUUUAAAUGCUGUCAACAGUUAGGCAGAAGCUACAAUAUAGCGUCAUAUAUGCCCGAGGCCGUUGCAUUUCAAGGUGUCAGUGAUCAUUCGGGACUGCACAAAUUCUCCGUCAACGAAAGUGACCGGUUUUGGGGCGCGUUGGCGCGCCAGAGGCUGUCGUGGAUAAGUCCCUUUCACACCGUUCAGAACUGUGACUUUAGUCAAGGCAAAAUAAAAUGGUUUGAAGGGGGAAAACUCAAUGUAUCUGGUAAGAUGACAUUUUCUCCACAAAAUAUACAAUAUUUAUAAGAAAUAUUUGUACAUCUUUUGCACUGCAAUAUCUAAACCAUAUUCUAGCUAGUCUACCUAAUAGGCAAUGUAAUAACCAUAUGGAAGAUUUUUUUUUUUUUUUACCUUGAAAGAAAAAGCUCCAUAGAGUUGUUUUGAUGAUGGGUAUUGGUUGAAAUACGUUUUCCUUUAUUUGAAAAUAAUAAUUCUGUAAUAAAUAUAGGACUCCAGAUGGUUCCACACAAUGUUUAUUUCCUGCAGGUUAUAUUUCUCUGCCAUUAGAAUCACCCAGAGUAACUGCCUUAAUGUUGCUGGACCCCAGGAAGAGUAGCUGCUUCCUUGGCAGGAACUAACAGGGAUCCUUAAUAAAGCCCAGGAAGAGUAGCUGCUUCCUUGGCAGGAACUAACAGGGAUCCUUAAUAAAGCCCAGGAAGAGUAGCUGCUUCCUUGGCAGGAACUAACGGGGAUCCUUAAUAUACCACAGGAAGAGUAGCUGCUUCCUUGGCAGGAACUAACAAUGAUCCUUAAUAAAGCCCAGGAAGAGUAGCUGCUUCCUUGGCAGGAAUUAACGGGGAUCCUUAAUAAACCACAGGAAGAGUAGCUGCUUCCUUGGCAGGAACUAACGGGGAUCCUUAAUAAAUACAAACAGUACCAAUUACUGGGUUCAGUCAGGAGGAGAAGACGCUGAUGGAAUAUUUCAUGAGAACAUUCAAAUUGACAGACAGGCUCUCUUGUGUUGUGAAAGAAGCAUUUAUCCCAAAGUAUUUACCAGGAAACAACCAAGCUAUUGGCAGAAUACUCUGAGCGCCAAGCUAAUUUAGUUUGAGCUGAACUGUUUUGAGACUGACUUUCAAUUCUGUCUGUCUGUGUGUGUGUGUGUGUGUGCGUGCGUGCGUGCGUGCGUGCGUGUGCGUACAUAUAUAUGUGUGUGUGCGCGUGUGUCUAUAUGUGUGAGCGUGCGUGCGUAUGUGUGUGUCGUGCGUGUGUGUGUGCGUGCGUGCGUGCCAACGUACGUAUAUGUGUGUGUGUGAGUGUGUGUGCGCAUGUGUCUGUAUGUGUGAGCGGGCGUGCGUAUGUGUGUGCGUGUGUGUGUAUGUGUGUGUGUGUGUGUGUGUGUGUAGUGAACUGCUUGGACCGUCAUGUUCACACUUGUCCAGAGAGAGUGGCUCUGAUCUGGGAGAGAGAUGAACCUGGAACUGAGGUCAAGAUCACCUACAGGUCUGGAACGAUCACAAUCACUAUACAUCUCAUGUGGGAACACACUUUAUACGCACGAUCUGAAUUCAUACAGAAAAUCAGGUAUUGUAGCGACUGUAACCCAACACCUAGCGACCUCAUCAAGAGGUUUGGACUUCUUGGCGCAACGGUUAAGGUGUUGGCUUGACAGUCGCUGGACCCGGGUUUGAGUCCAAUUCGGGGCUACCCCCUGGAUUUGCUACGGAAUGCAUAUUCAUGUAGUUGUUCCCUGGUGCAUGGCGGUUUAUCAUUCAGACAAUUUCUUACCUGAAAUAAUGUUUUGGUGGGUUACCUCAUAUAUAACUAUGACGACCAAAAAGAUUCACAAAGAGUAGGGCUAUCACAACUACUGUAAUCUAUACACAAAGAGUAGGGCUAUCACAACUACUGUAAUCUAUACACAAAGAGUAGGGCUAUCACAACUACUGUAAUCUAUUAACAAAGAGUAGGCCUAUCACAACUACUGUAAUCUAUACACAAAGAGUAGGGCUAUCACAACUACUGUAAUCUAUACACAAAGAGUAGGGCUAUCACAACUACUGUAAUCUACAGUGGGGAAAAAAAGUAUUUAGUCAGCCACCAAUUGUGCAAGUUCUCCCACUUAAAAAGAUGAGAGAGGCCUGUAAUUUUCAUCAUAGGUACACGUCAACUAUGACAGACAAAAUGAUAAAUAAAAAUCCAGAAAAUCACAUUGUAGGAUUUUUAAUGAAUUGAUUUGCAAAUUAUGGUGCAAAAUAAGUAUUUGGUAAAAUAAGUAUAAGGUUUUCACACACUGUUGCUAGUAUUUUGGCCCAUUCCUCCAUGCAGAUCUCCUCUAGAGCAGUGAUGUUUUGGGGCUGUCGCUGGGCAACACAGACUUUCAACUCCCUCCAAAGAUUUUCUAUGGGGUUGAGAUCUGGAGACUGGCUUGGCCACUCCAGGACUUUGAAAUGCUUCUUACGAAGCCACUCCUUCGUUGCCCGGGCGGUGUGUUUGGGAUCAUUGUCAUGCUGAAAGACCCAGCCACAUUUCAUUGUGGUCCUCUGUAGCUCAGCUGGUAGAGCACGGCGCUUGAAACGCCAAGGUAGUGGGUUCGAUCCCCGGGACCACCCAUACACAAAAAUGUAUGCACGCAUGACUGUAAGUCGCUUUGGAUAAAAACGUCUGCUAAAUGGCAUAUUAUUAUUAUUAUCUUCAAUGCCCUUGCUGAUGGAAGGAGGUUUUCACUCAAAAUCUCACGAUACAUGGCCCCAUUCAUUCUUUCCUUUACACGGAUCAGUCGUCCUGGUCCCUUUGCAGAAAAACAGCCCCAAAGCAUGAUGUUUCCACCCCCAUGCUUCACAGUAGGUAUGGUGUUCUUUGGAUGCAACUCAGCAUUCUUUGUCCUCCAAACACGACGAGUUGAGUUUUUACGAAAAAUUUAUAUUUUGGUUUCAUCUGACCAUAUGACAUUCUCUCAAUCCUCUUCUGGAUCAUCCAAAUGCACUCAUGCAAACUUCAGACGGGCCUGGACAUGUACUGGCUUAAGCAGGGGGACACGUCUGGCCCUGCAGGAUUUGAGUCCCUGGCGGCGUAGUGUGUUACUGAUGGUAGGCUUUGUUACUUUGGUCCCAGCUCUCUGCAGGUCAUUCACUAGGUCCCCCCGUGUGGUUCUGGGAUUUUUGCUCACCGUUCUUGUGAUCAUUUUGACCCCACGGGGUGAGAUCUUGCGUGGAGCCCCAGAUCGAGGGAGAUUAUCAGUGGUCUUGUAUGUCUUCAAUUUCCUAAUAAUUGCUCCCACAGUUGAUUUCUUCAAACCAAGCUGCUUACCUAUUGCAGUUUCAGUCUUCCCAGCCUGGUGCAGGUCUACAAUUUUGUUUCUCGUGUCCUUUGACAGCUCUUUGGUCUUGGCCAUAGUUGAGUUUGGAGUGUGACUGUUUGAGGUUGUGGACAGGUGUCUUUUAUACUGAUAACAAGUUCAAACAGGUGCCAUUAAUACAGGUAACGAGUGGAGGACAGAGGAGCCUCUUAAAGAAGAAGUUACAGGUCUGUGAGAGCCAGAAAUCUUGCUUGUUUGUAGGUGACCAAAUACUUAUUUUCCACCAUCAUUUGCAAAUAAAUUCAUAAAAAAUCCUAAAAUGUGAUUUUCUGGAUUUUUUUUCCUCAAAUUGUCUGUCAUAGUUGACGUGUACCUAUGAUGAAAAUUACAGGCCUCUCUCAUCUUUUUAAGUGGGAGAAUUUACACAAUUGGCGGCUGACUAAAUACUUUUUUUCCCCACUGUAUACACAAAGAGUAGGCCUAUCACAACUACUGUAAUCUAUACACAAAGAGUAGGGCUAUCACAACUACUGUAAUCUAUACACAAAGAGUAGGGCUAUCACAACUACUGUAAUCUAUACACAAAGAGUAGGGCUAUCACAACUACUGUAAUCUAUACACAAAGAGUAGGGCUAUCACAACUACUGUAAUCUAUACACAAAGAAUAGGCCUAUCACAACUACUGUAAUCUAUACACAAAGAGUAGGCCUAUCACAACUACUGUAAUCUAUACACAAAGAGUAGGGCUAUCACAACUACUUUAAUCUAUACACAAAGAGUAGGGCUAUCACAACUACUGUAAUCUAUACACAAAGAGUAGGGCUAUCACAACUACUGUAAUCUAUUAACAAAGAGUAGGGCUAUCACAGCUACUGUAAUCUAUACACAAAGAGUAGGGCUAUCACAACUACUGUAAUCUAUACACAAAGAGUAGGCCUAUCACAACUACAGUAAUCUAUACACAAAGAGUAGGGCUAUCACAACUACUGUAAUCUAUACACAAAGAGUAGGCCUAUCACAACUACAGUAAUCUAUACACAAAGAUAGACUGUAUUUAUAAAUACACAUACUCACCACCCCUCACUCAUUUCUCUCCACAGACAGCUACUGGAGCUGACUUGUCGCCUGGGCAACCUGCUGAAGCGCCAGGGGGUGCGGAGGGGGGACUGUGUGACUCUCUAUAUGCCCUCCUGCCCCCUGGCAGUGGCCUCCAUGUUGGCGUGCGCCCGGAUAGGUGCCGCCCACAAUGUGGUCUUCGCCGGGUUCAGCUCUGAGGCCCUGGCUGACCGCAUCAGAGACGGUGAGGGGUCGUCACUGUCUGAUUUUAAACCUAGAAAAAGAGAAGGAGAGUCUCACUCGAGGAGCUCAGAUGCACUUAUUUAAUAACCUGAUAACCAACGUUUCCACAGACAAGCUGUCUUCAUCAGGGUAUAGUCACAAACACUGCGGGUCACUAGUUUAUAUACUGUCAAAGGACACACACACACAGGUGUCUGUAAUCAUGGCCAGGUGUGAACUGAUGUCAUUGGUUAAUUCACAGAUAAACAGAUCAUACAAAAAACGUGAGUGGAUAGCAUACGAUCAUAGAUACUUGGCUACAUAGGUCUACAAAACAUUUACAAUGAAUAGCAAAAUCACAAGAAUCACAAGAAUGGCUUCAGAUCAAAGUGUACGUUGAGACCGAAGGGAGAAAGGGUCUUUCAGUUUAAACCUAAACCUAACCUUAACUACACUGCUAACCUUGUGCCUAACCCAAAAAUACUAAAAAAAAAAAGCUAAUUUUGAUUCCAUAAAUGUAUACGAUAUAGACAAUUUUGACUUCGAUGAGCGCAUUAGAGAGGGUGAGGUGGUUGAUGAGGUCUAGGAACCACAAAUUGUCAGUGUAUCUUUCAUGACUUUUUAACAAUCUCUCUCUCUCUGUAUCUACUGUAUAAUGUAUCUGGCCCUGCUCCAGCCCAAUCCAGCACGGUGAUCACGGUCAACCAGGGUGUGAGGGGAGGCAAGGUGGUCGACCUGAAGAGAACCGUGGACCAGGCCGUCCAGAACUGUCCCUCAGUCCAGCAGGUCCUGGUUGCCAUGAGAACAGAGAACACGGUUGCCAUGACGGACAGAGAUGUUCCGCUGGAGGAGGUGAGCCAAUAGAGACACAGCUUACUGAGAGGAGGUGAGCCAAUAGAGACACAGCUUACUGGUGAGGUUAUAACUGUUCAUAAGAGGUUGGCGUCUAUGAGUAGGUUACAACUGUUUUUAUAACUGCUUUUUGUAUUUAAACAAUAGUUACUUCAAAAAAUAAUGAUUUACUGUUUGUUAAAUUGCGUGAUCAUUUUAUCACGUGUGAAAAAUAGAAUAUAUUUUUUAAAUGGGAAAACAUUUAAUAAUACGUUAGCUCCCUGGAUCUUUGCACAGCUAUUCAAAUAGUUCUGUUACACUUCUCAGUGUUAUCACCACUUAUCACCUUAUGGAAAACCUAGCCGCUUAGUAAAUGAUUGUCACAUUUCUUUUGAGUGAAUGCUCCUGUGUCUUAACCAUGACGUUGACUUGAAUAUAGGAGGCGUUAUUGAGAUUUAUUAUGGGUUUAAACCAGCGGAGGCUGGUGAGGGGAGGUACGGCUCAUAAUAAUGGCUGGAAUGGAGUGAAUGGAACGAUAUCAAACACAUGUUUGUUACCAUUCCAUUGACUCCAUUCCAGCCAUUAUUAUGAGCCGUCCUCCCUUCACCAGCCUCCACUGGUUCAAACCUCUCUGAAGCAUUAUUGAGGCUUUAAAUGACCAACAUCAUGUGGCCUGGCUGGUCUAGCGGUAAUGCUGCAGAAGUGUCUACUGCCCUUUGACCUUCUAUCUUUCUCCACUGUUAUCCUCUCUAUCUGGCCAAUACAAUCAGAAAAAUACCUGGGAAAAAUGGCUGACAUCUUUGUCUGUUAUUAACAGGAGAUACUGAGACUUAAAAUGGCUGAACCAUAGAAAUAUAAUGAAUAGAAAGUCCACUCAUCACAGGCACAUUGACUUGAAUGGGGAAACCUGUUUUAGGGAUUCUGUUUCUAUGGGCUGAACUCUUUGUCCUUUAACAGGAGAUGAUGAAGGAGGAUGUGGUGUGUGAGCCCGUUGCCAUGGACAGUGAGGAUGUCCUAUUCCUGCUCUAUACGUCAGGCAGCACAGGGAAACCGAAGGGUCUGGUUCAUACACAGGCUGGUUACCUGCUCUACACCUCCCUUACACACAGGGUGAGGUCUGGUUCACGCACACACACACACGCACGCACACACACACACGCACGCACACACACACACGCACGCACGCACACACACACACACAGACACACUCACACGCACGCACACACUCGCACGCACGCACGCACACACACACUCGCACGCACACACACACACGCACACACACACACACACACACACACACCCACACACACACACACACACACACACACUCGCACGCACACACACACACGGUAAACCCUAUAGAGCUCACUUAAAAUGCUUAGGCUUUAGCUCAGCGGGCUAACACAGUCUUGUGGCACAUUCAAUCAUAAAGACCGCAGACCCCAGGUACUAACUACAGGGGGUCUGUGAAAAUAUGAUAAAAUAAAAAAAGUGGAAAAUGUUUUUGUUUUUAUGAAUAUCGCUAGCAACAACUGAAUAAACACAUUUUUGAUUUACAUACCUACAGUACGAAAGAAGAUACUAUCUUCUUUCUAAUGAUGUCAACUUUAUUUCUCAACUCCUCAUAUUGAGCUAAUUACACUCAUUGGAGUAUCUGACGUAGGCUUUGAAAAAACACAUGCGUGUACCAGUCGCAGCAAGUUCCGCUGGCUGCUGGUAAACCUUCUUGGCUUGGACAUACAGUACAUGGCUCUUUAACCAGCUGAACAGCUGCUCUUAGCGGAAAUGUGUUUUGAGUUACCUUUCUAGCUAAUAGGCUAUGUUAGAGUUUACACUACCUCUUCCAAUUAUAAUGUGGGGAGGUCAAAAUAAUGAAAAACGAUCUACCAAAUCUAUUCAUUUAAAAAAUGUUAAUUACUUCUCCUUGCCAUUAUCAUUCACCUGACGAUAAGACAAGACGUGAAAAAAUAUAUAUUUUUGCAAACAUACAGUAUGAUGGGGUCCCUGGGUCUCCUGUUUACCUGGGCGGGUUGAAGACCCCUGAUCUAGACCAGUACCUAUUGCCUUAUCUUCCUCUAUUGUCCUCUCUCCUUCAGUAUGUGUUCAACUACCAUGACGGGGAUGUGUUUGGCUGUGUGGCGGACAUCGGCUGGAUAACAGGUCACAGCUACAUCGUCUAUGGCCCUCUGUGUAAUGGAGGGACUACCGUUCUGUUUGAGAGUACACCACUAUACCCCGACCCAGGUAACAACAGACUACUAAGGCUUUUACAACCUGCCCUUUGACAUGUUUACAACUGAACAUCUGAACUCACCAUUCCACUCUAAAUAUAACUCCCUUGUGUAUAUUCAGUAGGUCUACACUCUUAGAAAAAAAGGUGCUACCUAGAACCUAAAAGGGUUCUUUGGCUGUCCCCAUAGGAUAACCCUUUGAAGAACCCUUUUUGGUUCCAGGUAGAACCUUUUUGGUUCCAGGUAGAACCCUUUCUGAGUUCCAUGUAAAACCCUUUCCACAGAGGGUUCUACAUGGAACCCAAAAUAGUUCUACCUGGAACCAAAAAGGGUUCUCCUAUGGGGAUACUGUCAUUGAGAGUGCAUUCCUGUAGUCCCCUGUAGCUCAGUUGGUAGAGCGUGGCGCUUGCAACGCCAGGGUUGUGGGUUCGUUUCCCACGAGGGGGGGCAGUAUGAAAAUGUAUGCACUCACUAACUGUAAUUCGCUCUGGAUAAGAGCGUCUGCUAAAUGACUAAAAUGUAAAUGUCUGUCUUGUGAAAAGUUCAGCAUUUAAGCCUGUAAAACUCAACAAAGGUUUUAGGCACAAACGUGAGGUUUUAUGUGCUGCCCAGCAACGUGUAAAAUAAGUGAACAUCAGAACAGUUCUCUGUAUGUACUUUACUGUCUUCUAAGAAUGAACAGUACGACACCAACACAUGAAUAUUUCUGGUGAUGUUACAGGCAGGUACUGGGAGAUGGUGGAGAGGCUGGGGAUCAACCAGUUUUACGGCGCUCCAACUGCCAUCAGGCUGCUGCUGAAAUACGGAGACGAGUGUGUGCAGAAGUACAACCGCUCCUCACUAAAAACCCUGGGCUCUGGUAGGUCAAACACUACAACAACAGGACUCUCUGUCACCUGACUAAAAACCCUGGGCUCUGGUAGGUCAAACACUACAACAACAGGACUCUCUGUCACCUGACUAAAAACCCUGGGCUCUGGUAGGUCAAACAUUACAACAACAGGACUCUCUGUCACCUGACUAAAAACCCUGGGCUCUGGUAGGUCAAACACUACAACAACAGGACUCUCUGUCACCUGACUAAAAACCCUGGGCUCUGGUAGGUCAAACACUACAACAACAGGACUCUGUCACCUGACUAAAAACCCUGGGCUCUGGUAGGUCAAACACUACAACAACAGGACUCUCUGUCACCUGACUAAAAACCCUGGGCUCUGGUAGGUCAAACACUACAACAACAGGACUCUCUGUCACCUGACUAAAAACCCUGGGCUCUGGUAGGUCAAACACUACAACAACAGGACUCUCUGUCACCUGACUAAAAACCCUGGGCUCUGGUAGGUCAAACACUACAACAACAGGACUCUCUGUCACCUGACUAAAAACCCUGGGCUCUGGUAGGUCAAACACUACAACAACAGGACUCUCUUUCACCUGACUAAAAACCCUGGGCUCUGGUAGGUCAAACACUACAACAACAGGACUCUCUGUCACCUGACUAAAAACCCUGGGCUCUGGUAGGUCAAACACUACAACAACAGGACUCUCUUUCACCUGGCUAAAAAUGUCCCAGCCAAGGAAUGCAUUAAAAACUCAAUGUCCCUAUGAGAAAUCUAUUAAUGUACUACAUAACACAGCACGACAGAAUACCAUAGACCUCAGGAGAACAUCCUGCUGAAUACCAUACACCCCAUAGACAGUAGUCUACAGUGUGAUGGAUCCAUAGACAGUAGCCCUACAGUGUAGUAGUAGUAGUAGAAGUAGUAGUAGUAGUAGAGGUAUUAAUAGUAGUAGUAGUAGUAGUAGUAGUAGUAGUAGUAGUAGUAGCAGUAGUAGUAAUAGUAGUAGUAGUAGUAGUAGUAGUAGUAGUAGUAGUACGGUAUCUAUGUAGUCGUGUGGUUAUCUAGUCAGUAGUAAGUAGUGUAGUAGUCGUAGUGUAGUAGUUAUGUAGUUAGUAGUAGUCGUAGCGUACGUCAGUGUAUAGUCAGUACGUGUAGUGUAUAGUAGUAGUAGUACGUAGUAUAGUAGUCGUCCGUAGUAGUCGUAGUAAGUCGUACGUGGUUUUGUAGUCGUGUCGUAUCGUAGCGGGUUGUGUAGUCGUCUCGUAGUUCGUGUAGUCAGUCGUGUGUCGUAGUCGUCGUCGUCGUCGCGUUCGUGCGUCAGUCGUCGUCGUCGUCGUCGUCGUCGUCGUCGUUUGUCGUCGUCUCGUCGCGUUGUCGUGCGUAUGUCUAGUCGUGUCGUAGUGUAUUGUCGUCGUCGUCGUUUGUUCGUCGUGUCGUGUGUCGUCGUCGUUGCGCUCGUCGUCGUCGUCGUCAGUCGUGUUGUCGUACUGUCGUCAGUGUCAGUCGUAGUGUCGUCGUGUGUGCGUACUAGUAGUACUGUUCGUUCACCGGUCGUGUCCUGUCGUAGUACUCGCUCGUAGUAGUGUGUCAUGAUCUGUGUAGUGUACUGUACUGUAGUGUCUGGUCGUACUGUGUCUCGUCUGUCUCGUCUAUGUCGUUCUCUGUAGUGUGUACGUCGUCGUAGUAGUGUGUACUGAUCUGCUAGUAGUGGUACAUGUACUGUAGUGGCAUGAUCUGUCAGUAGUGGUACAUGUCCUGUAUAGUGUGUACUGAGCCGCUGUGUGACGUUCCAGUCAGUACUACUGUAUACUGUAUAUGCUGUCGAUAGCUGUAGUAGUGGGUACAUGACACUGUAGUAGUGGGUACAUGACUGUAGUAUGGGAACUAACUGUUGUGGGUCAUAUCUGUAGAUGGGUACAUGAUCUGUGUUGGUCACGUCGAUUCUGUAGUCCAGUACUAUGUAUGACGAAGGCAUGUCAUGUCGACAGGCGAGGGUAAGGGUUUGACCUCUAAAGAUAGUCUACAUAUGUAAUGGAACACGUGUGACGUGCCAAUUAUCUAGACAGCACAUCAUAAACAUGUCCUGUCUUCUUCUUCCUGUCCUCUUCCUGUCCUCUUCUUGUCCUCUUCCUGUCCUCUUCCUGUCCUCUUCCUGUCCUCUUCCCCAUGAACCCAUCAACACAGAGGCAUGGAAAUGGUAACACCUUGAGGGCUCCUCCUAUCAUUUCCAUUGACUGUGAAUGCACCCUCUAGGUUGUUUAACUCUGUGCUGCUGUCUCCCUGUGGUGCUGUUAACCCUGUCCUGUCCUGUCCUGUCCUGUCCUGUCCUGUCCUGUCCUGUUCCCUCUGCAGUGAGGGAGAAUAGCCCUGUGGUGCUGUUAACCCUGUCCUGUCCUGUCCUGUUCCCUCUGCAGUGAGGGAGAAUAGCCCUGUGGUGCUGUUAACCCUGUCCUGUCCUGUCCUGUUCUGUCCUGUCCGGUUCCCUCCGCAGUGAGGGAGAAUAGCCCUGUGGUGCUGUUAACCCUGUCCUGUCCUGUCCUGUUCCCUCUGCAGUGAGGGAGAAUAGCCCUGUGGUGCUGUUAACCAUGUCCUGUCCUGUUCUGUCCUGUCCUGUUCCCUCUGCAGUGAGGGAGAAUAGCCCUGUGGUGCUGUUAACCCUGUCCUGUCCUGUUCUGUCCUGUCCUGUCCUGUUCCCUCUGCAGUGGGGGAGAAUAGCCCUGUGGUGCUGUUAACCCUGUCCUGUCCUGUCCUGUUCCCUCUGCAGUGAGGGAGAAUAGCCCUGUGGUGCUGUUAACCCUGUCCUUUCCUGUUCUGUCCUGUCCUGUCCUGUUCCCUCUGCAGUGAGGGAGAAUAGCCCUGUGGUGCUGUUAACCCUGUCCUGUCCUGUUCUGUCCUGUCCUGUUCCCUCUGCAGUGAGGGAGAAUAGCCCUGUGGUGCUGUUAACCCUGUCCUUUCCUGUUUCCUCUGCAGUGGGUGAACCCAUCAACACAGAAGCUUGGGAGUGGUACCAUCGGGUGGUGGGGGACGGACGCUGCCCUGUGGUCGAUACCUGGUGGCAGACAGGUAAUGACUGACCUUUAACCUUGCUACUAAAACGUUAUAUUUACUACAACUCAAUUUCUUACACAGUAUGUGCUGUAUGCAGAACGCUGUAUGAGACCAGGGUGUUUCUCAAAAUGUAUACUACCGUGCUCCGAGCACACAAGUUGGAGCACGGGAGGGUGGGAGUAUGAGUCCAAAUCAAAGUAUUCAAAACGGAGCACGGAGGGCACUUCUCGAAUGGGUACUCCGUUUGUACAUAUUUUGAAGCACGCAUCGAUGCAAGCGUCAACAGAAAGUAUGCAAAGAAAUAUGACGCAACCAUGUAAAAUAUGAAGCAAAUUUUCUUGAGCUGAAGCGAGAGAAAAUACACUCCGACUUCGGAAUGACAUGUUGCCUAUUCACAUCUCAUAUGUUGCCCUGACUACAAUAUUUCAUCUUGAUACGUUAAUAAAUACAUGCUGUGUUAAUUUUGGCAUGUUUACCUGCCUACGUAACCGUAGCUCACAAGCCCAUAGUAAGUCAAUAGGGCUAACUGGCUAGCUGCUAGUACUGUUAGCUAGCCAGAUAGCAACAAAGAAGUGUUAGCUAGCUACCCAUUGACAUCUAUCUUACAUAAUAUUAGUUUUAGGUCAUUUCUGCCUGAUAAACUAUCCGGUUAGCUACAUUAUUACGAUUCACAUAUAGCUAGCUGAUAGUUAUGAAGUAAAACGGUUGCUUUGUGUAUAUCUUGUUUAGUCUAAUGCCAUUGUUGUCCUGGGUGGUAGACGGUUCAGUGAAUGGGUAAGUCCAUAGUAAGUCAAUAGGGCUAGCUAGCUAGCCACAAGGAAUUGGUAGCUACCCACGAAAAAGGAAAAUCUACCUUGCAUAAUAUUAGUUUUAGGUCAUUUUUGCCUGUUUUAACUAGCUGGCUAGCUAGAUUAUUACAAUUCACAUCUAGCUGAUAAUUAUGAAGUAAAACGUUUUGCUUUGUGUAUAUCUAGUUUCGUCUGUUGUUGCCGUUGUCCCGGCUGGAAGAAGGUUCAGUGAAUGGGGAGGUGAAGCCUGACGUAAUACAGUAAGGGGGAGUGUGAGUGCUUCUCAAAUUUAUUGUUUUAUGCAUUCUCCCUCAUUCUCGUCCUCCACAAGAACGUACUCAAGAGAACGUGGUCGGGGUAAUGCACUCGGAGCAUAAGGGUGUGGAGCACAGUAGUAUGCAUAUUGAGAAACACCCAAUGGGACGCCUAAAGGGACUGCUCAACCAAAUGAUGCCAAACACUUGAUUUCUAGUUGUAUACAAAGUUCUGCAAUGCUUAUUCAAGGGCUUUUCGGUUCUUGUUUAGUUCCUUUUUUUUUAGGAAAACGGUUUCCCUCAUUUAGUAACACAGACCAUUUACUUCUCAGUACUAGUUCUUAUGAAGUUUUUUUAUAGCUUCUUUCAUGGGGAAAAGGUUCCUUUUUUUUUUUUGUAUCACAGACCCAUUCACUUCUCUGUUUAUUGUUGUAGAUUAGUGUACUGUACAGUGUGUGCUGGUCUGUCUAAGUUUAGUCUACUGCUUUGUGUGGAGCUGGUCUGGUUGGCGGCCAGCAGAAAUGUUUAGUUCAUGAACUUUCUAGGGAGUGCUUUUAACUUCCAGGAAGAACAAUCCGUCUUAAAGGGGAGAGACUGGGCCGAUCCUCUCUCCAAUAAAUGUACUAUUAUGUAAGCACGCACACGUACGCACGCACGCAAACACACACACACUCUACACAAACUCUACACACACUCUACACACACACACACACACACACACACACACACACACACACACACACACACACACACACACACACACACACACACACACACACACACACACUACACACACUCUACACACACACACACACACACACACACACACACACACACUACACACACUCUACACACACACACACACACACACACACACACACACCUCCACACACACUCUACACACACUCUACACACACACACACACACACACACACACACUCUACACACACACACACUCUACACACACACACACACACACACUCCACACACACACACUCUACACACACACACACACACACACACACACUCCACACACACUGCUCUCCAGCCAAUCGAAUGAAAUGUUUUAUAUCCCUUCUGGACUGCAUGAAACCAGAUGUUAUUCUAAUACUGCCAGAUAUCUGACCCCAGAGUGGCAGCAGCAGCAGAGGAAUUAGGAAACAAACACUUCGCAGAAAUUCAUUUCACUCUCUCUCUCUCUCUUUCUGACUGUAAGUCGCUCCGGAUAAAAGCGUCUGCUAAAAGACUAAAAAGUCAAAUGUUCUCUCUUUCUUUCCUUUUUUGCUCUAAAGGCUCACGACCAGUGAGUUCAUUAGGUAGCUUUCCGUACUUUCUCUUUUUAGGGUCAAUACCUCACACACCUUCAUUGAAUAGAAGGUUUGCUGUAUUGUAACCAAUUGUAAUAUUAUGUCAGCGGAAAAUGGCCUACAAUAACAGGCCUGUAACCAAUGUUCUUUCACAAAAUGAGUUUAGUGCUGGGCUAUAAGAACAUGUUUUGAAACAAAAUCUGAUUUCUCUAAUAAAUAGGAUAAUUUUGAGGCUAAUCUAACAAAAAGUCAGAUUGACCCUAUAUAUUUCAGUCCUCAAUCCCACCAAAUUAGAGUCAUUGAGUAAUCAAAUAAAUUCACUGGAAUUAUGUUAAUUGUCACACAAGUGCCAUAUUAAAGGGACAAUCUGGGAUUGGUUCAUCCAUUUUGGGACUUUUUAAUUAAUGAUGUAUUGCCAUUCGUUGUUUUUGUUUCAAUCCCAGAUUGUCCCUUUAAUAUUCUUAAUUAAACAUGCAUAGUUUAGCGUGGAGCAUUAAUGACACAGAUAUGACCCAAAUACUCUACCUCAGAACAGAGGAUGAUGUUGUUAUGUUAUUUUGUCUCAGAAAUUUUCCAAUUAGGACUAAAUGGCAUUAUUGGUAAUUGCUGGCAGUUUGAUCUAUGUGCAAAAAAAAACAUUACAGGGGCAAAUAAGGACAUUUGACUGGCUGGCUGACUGGCUGGUUGACUGGCUGGUUGACUGGCUGGCUGACUGGCUAGCUGGCUGGCUGGUUGACUGGCUGGCUGGCUGGCUGGUUGACUGGCUGGUUGACUGUCUGGCUGACUGGCUGGUUGACUGGCUGGCUGACUGGCUGACUGGCUGGCUGGCAGGUUGACUGGCUGGCUGAUUGGCUAGCUGGCUGGCUGACUGACUGGCUGGCUGACUGGCUGACUGGCUGGCUGGCUGGCUGACUCGCUGGUUGACUGACUGGCUGACUGGCUGGCUGGCUGGUUGACUGGCUGGCUGGUUGACUGACUGGCUGGCUGGCUGACUGGCUGACUGGCUGGCUGACUGACUGGCUGGUUGACUGACUGACUGACUGACUGGCUGACUGGCUGGCUGACUGACUGGCUGGUUGACUGACUGACUGGCUGACUGGCUGACUGGCUGGCUGACUGACUGGCUGGUUGACUGACUGGCUGGUUGGUUGACUGGCUGGCUGGCUGACUGGCUGACUGGCUGGUUGGUUGACUGGCUGGCUGGCUGACUGACUGGCUGGUUGACUGACUGGUUGGCUGACUGACUGGCUGGCUGACUGGCUGGCUGGCUGGUUGACUGGCUGACUGGCUGACUGGCUGGUUGACUGACUGACUGGCUGGCUGGCUGGUUGACUGACUCGCUGGUUGACUGACUGGCUGACUGGCUGGCUGACUGACUGGCUGGUUGACUGGCUGGUUGACUGGUUAGCUGACUGGCUGGCUGGUUGAUUGGUUAGCUGACUGGCUAGCUGACUGGUUGGCACCUUGCAGGAUGUUAAUAUGAGGUGUCCUAGUUCUACGGAGACCCUGGGUGCGUCCCAAAUGCUACCCUAUUCCUUUUAUAGUGCACUACUUUUGACCAGGGUCCAUAGUAGUGCACUAUAUAGGGAAUAGGUUGCCAUUUGGGACUCAAACCCUCUGUCAGUCCAGCUCCACACCAGCCAGAUUAACAGGGUGGAUUAGCAGAUUAGUCGAUUAGCAUGGCCUGGUCGAGGGAUAGAGUCCAACCUAAUUGCAUUUAAUUUACUUUUGAGAAAAAAUAAGAAACCCGCACACUACUCUUGAUAGUAUCACUGCUCUUGAUAGUAUCACUGCUCUUGAUAGUAUCACUGCUCUUUAAUAAGUUUUACGUAAUACUAUGGUAAAACUUAAUAAAGAGCAGUGAUACUAUCAAGAGCAGUGAUACUAUCAAGAGCAGUGAUACUAUCAAGAGCAGUGAUACUAUCAAGAGCAGUGUGCGGGUUUCUUAUUUUUUCUCAUCUUAUUCAACUGUUACCAUGGCACCUGCAACAAAGAUAGCCCAGAUGUGCGAGUGCAUUUUGAAUUGAAUUUACUUUUAACAUGGCCGUAAUUCGCUCAUUGACAUCUGUAGUUAAAGGAUCAGGCCUUGUUAUGCUGACAGACUGACAAACUGGUCAUUUACAAAAAGCUAGUUUAUGUUCUCUUCUCUCCUUUCUCCUCAUCAACCUCUACAUAUUUUUAUCUCCUCUUACUUUCUCUAGUCUUUAUUUAAUACUUUUUUUAGGGGGUAGAUCAGCUUUAAUAUUGCAGAUAGAUGUCAGGGGCUGAUGUGGAUGCGGUGUUGGAGUCAGGCGCAGGACACAGAAGCUUAGUUGAUCCGACUUUAAUAGUCACAGGAGCAAAAUACAAAUCCAACGGGCCUCAACAAACAGGAGGCGAGCGAAUACGCAAAACAGUGCGUAAAGUGCGAAAAGCACUAACAACAAGAAAACAAAUAACCUACACCAACGGACAGGUGUACAACAACACACAACUACAAACAAAACCAAAGGAAACUUAUAGGUGACAUAAUCAAUACGAGAUAUGGAACAGGUGCACUAAUCAGACAAGACCAAACAAACAUAGAUAACAUCAAACGGUAGCAGCUAGUACUCCGGGGGCGACGAACGCCGAAGCCUGCCCGAACAAGGAGGAGGCGGAAUUCGUGACAAUAGAUCGUGGCUUCUAUCAAUGUAAUUGUCUGCAUCAUUUCCAAUCCCCCAUAUAUUUUUUUGGGUAAAUAUAUAUAUUAUUUUAAAUAUAUUUUCCUUCUUUAUUAUUUUCCCCUAACCCUACCACCCCUCCCGUAAUUGGAGUACUUUCUCUAGUCUUUAUACUGUGACUUAUUGUUUGGGGGAUCUCUUCAGGGGCCACAACAAUAUGGUGUGGCCAAACUUUAGGCCCUGUUCAAAUACUUGAAAAGGCAUUCACCUAUUCAGUCAUGGCCGAUCAGUGAAGAGAGCAAGGAAGGAAGCACUUUCAAUAUUCAAACAGAUUCAGUAGAAAAGCAGUUGAUUAAAACUAUCUCUCUCAUUCCCGUAAUAUUCCCAUCUCUCCAGAGACCGGUGGGAUCUGCAUUGACUCCCCAGCGACGGUCGGAACAGAGGCGGAGAUCAUUUCCGGGCCGAUGCCAUGCGUCCAUUUAGGGAUCAUCCAAGCGGCGCUGCGCGAUCUUCACAGGACUGAGAAGACGGCUCGUUUGCCACCGCGUUAGGACUCUAGCUCCGAGUUGAUUUUCGCACUUCUAGUCCCUUCCAUAGGCCCACUGGUCCUUUCAAUUACAUUCGGAUGGAUCUAGACGUCCCUCGCUAAGUCGACAGCUAGUAUUUAUUCUAGAUUCCAAUGCAAUCUAAACGCUCAAUACCUAAUGCCUUUUGGCUCAAAGAAAAACGGGCCAGACGAUGGUAAGUAAACUGUGGCGAGAUGGUGUGACGCUAGUCCUGGGCGGGGGAGGGUCUCCUCUCUCUAUACUUGAGCAGAUAAUGAUGAGGAUAAGAAGAAAUAGAGAGAGAAGUGAGAGCGAGAGAGAAAGGACGACGUGAGAAUGAUGAGAUAUAAGAGAGCCUGAUAUAUAUAGCGAGAGAUGAGAUAGAAGCAUAGAGAGAGGAGAGCAAAGAGGGCGAGAAAAAUAGAGAGGGGGUAGGAGAGGGGAGAGAGAGCGAGAAAAAAUAGUAAAAGAAAUAGAGAUAGAGGGAUAGAAAAAGGUCUGCUCGGAGGGGUAUGGAACUAGCUAGCUAUCGUCCCCCCCAUCUCUAUCUUCUGUUUCUGCGACCUCUAUCAGAAAACAGAAUGAAAACGAGAGCGGGAAGAAAAGAGAGCGGGGGAGGGCGAGAGAGUAGAGCUGAGAAAAACGAAGAAGAAGAGACGGGAGUAAAAAGAGAGCGGGGGAGGCGGAGGAAGAAAGCGAGAGAGAGCGAGAACUAAUUAAAGAGAAACCAAGCGUCCGCUCGGAUGUGGGGCUAUGAGAUAGUAUGCUAUACAAAGAAAGAAAGACAAGAUAUCUACACCUUCCUACCCCGCGCGAUGGGUGCUUAGGUAGAGCAAGUCUGCUUGAGAGACACGCCUCUCUACUCUGUCUGAUCUUGCUUUCAGUUUCUAUUAUCUCUACUCUAUUCUCUACUCGUCUACCACAUCUCUUUCUCCCUAUAUCUCUCUCUCUUGUCCUUUCUCUCUCUCUAUUCUCUAAAACCGUCCUAUGCAUUCAUCGCUCUCUUUCUCUCACUUGGCUCUCUACCCCCAUAGCGUCACUCUCUCUUCGCUUGCUACUCUAUCUCUCCUCUCUUGACGUGCGCUGAUCUCGCGCUCUCGACUAUCUCUCGCUCUCUCUUCCGUGUCUCUCUCUACUCUCACUCUUCUCUUCUCUCUCUCUUCGCUUCACACGCUCUCUCUCUCCCCCUCCCUAUCUCUCCCCCUAUUCUACUCACCACUCUCUCUGUUUAAUGGGCUCUUUCGCGAGCGGACAAAGAUGAUAAGAAGGGGACGAUCGGGAGCGAGCACGGGACAGGAAGGGGAGAGAGCGCGAGAGCGAAAGGAGAGAAGCGCGGAAAGAGAAGAGAUAAGAGGAGAGAGUAGAGCGCGGCGAGAUGAGAGAGAGAGAGGAGUAGAGAGAGAAGGGAAAGGAAAAGAGAAGAGUCUCUCUCCACUAUCUCUCUUAUCUCUACUCCUACUCUCUCAUCCUCUCUCUCUCUCUCAUCCUCUUCUCUCUCUCUCUCUCACCACUCUCUCUCUCUCUCUCCCUCUUUCUCUCCUCACUAAGAGCCACAACAUUCUCUGACCAGCCGUUAAUCUGUUGUUGGGGCUUCCCAGCUGUCUGGUCUGUUUGGAAGCAGUCUGAUAUCCCACUUCCCUCUUCUACACACAGUGCUGUUACCCUGCUGUCUAUUCAACUAGAUAUUCUGUUGUGUGGAGCGGAGUGUGGAACGGAGUGUGGAGCGGAGUGUGGACAAGUGGGUAACGCUCUCGCCAGGCGGGGGUUCCCUGUUCAAUCCCCUACGCAUUUCUGCUCCCUCUAUUCUGUGUCGUAAGGAGUUUGGAAUUUGUUUGGAAAUAGAAGUGUUGUUUUGUGUAUUGUAUCCAGGGUGAAGUGCUGAGUUCCAAUGAUUCGACUGGAGCUCUGUGUAUAUCCCAGGCCUGGCCUGGUAUGGCCCGCACUAUCCACAACCACCACCAGAGAUUCACAGAGACAUAUUUCCAGCCUUAUCCAGGUACUGACAAACCAAACCCACGCAGACUUUUAAAAACUAGCGCUCUACAAUGCUCAAUGCUCUAUCUCUAGUGCUCUGCUAAAUCAAUCCCCUAAAUUGUGUCACACCGCUACUAGGUUACUUCUUCACCGGCGACGGUGCGUACCGCUCCAAGGAGGGCUAUUACCAGAUCAUCGGCCGUCUUGAUGAUGUCAUCAAUGUGAGCGGUCACCGGCUUGGGACUGCGGAACUGGAGGAUGUGGUGGUAUGUACACGAUCAUGAUCAUGUGACCAAAUGUCCCUGUCAAAAUAACUUCACAAUCAUGUGUUUUAGCGGAGAGUAACGCAGUUAAAAGUAAAUUCGGGAAACCGCUACCCUCCAACCCCAAAAAAAAAAAACCCCAAAAGACCAACACAAAUCCUACCAACGAACCACCCCCCAUCAACAAAAACUCCAAAAACCCACAAACCCCAAACCCAACAACAAACUACCAAACACAUACCCAGAUCUACCCCAUCCUACCCACACCCCAUCCUACCCCAAACCCACCUAACCCCAUCACCAAAAUCUUACCCAUCUUUCCCCACCUACCCCAUCAACCCAUCUACCCCCAUCCACACCCCAAUAAACCCACCUACCCAUCACCCCAUUUCCUACCCAUGUACCCAUCCUACCCAUCCGCCCAUCUAAUCUUACCCCAUCUUACCCCAUCCUACCCCAUCCCACCCCAUCUUACCCCAUCUUUUGCAGAAAAAUGCAUUGAAAGUAUAGGGAGUGUUACUUUAACUGGGGGGGAUCCAUAACAAAUACAAAUACAAAUAAUCAGUGCGUACGGCGAUCAGCGUUUACCCACCAUUUUUUUACCACUACAUCACUGAUCACGAUCAUGAGUCCAAAUAAUUUCUUAUUGCAGGACUUUGCCUGAGUCUACAGAAAAAUCUGCUGAAAUGUUGCUUAUCGUAUAAACGGCCUUGUUAAUGUCAUUUAUAUUUUAGUCAUUUAGCAGACGCUCUUAUCCAGAGCGACUUACAGUUAAUGAGUGCAUACUUUUCUUCAUACUGGCCCCCCGUGGGAAACGAACCCACAACCCUGGCGUUGCAAGCGCCAUGCUCUACCAACUGAGCUACGCGGGACUUAUGACAGUUGAACUGAUUCCAUGGCAUUCUCUCCUAGAACCAGUGUCCUGGAGUGGCUGAGUCUGCUGCGAUUGGCUACUCCCAUGACAUCAAAGGAGAGGGUGAGUGACAUCAUUGAACUUUGAGGUGCACCAUGGUUACAUGAUUAUACCAAUUGACUUUUACCCUGUUGUAUGUCCACUUAACUCUCACUCUUAGUGACUAAUUCAAGGUAUCAACAACCAGGAUUGGGUAGGUUACUUUAUAAAUGUAAUCCGUUACAGUUAAUAGUUACCUGUCCAAAACUGUAAUCAAUAACGUAUUUUAUGGAUUACCCAAAAUCAGUAACGUAAUCUGAUUACUUUCAGUUACUUUCAGAUUACUUUCAGAUUACUUUCAGUUACUUUCAGAUUACUUUCAGAUUACUUUCCCCUUAAGAGGCAUUAGAAGACAGCAAAAGGGAUCCUUUAAACACAUUUGGUGUGUCAUCAUAGUGGUCUCUGAUUGGUGGUCAUCAUUUGGUGUGUCAUCAUAGUGGUCUCUGAUUGGUGGUCAUCAUUUGGUGUGUCAUCAUAGUGGUCUCUGAUUGGUGGUCAUCAUUUGGUGUGUCAUCAUAGUGGUCUCUGAUUGGUGGUCAUCAUUUGGUGUGUCAUCAUAGUGGUCUCUGAUUGGUGGUCAUCAUUUGGUGUGUCAUCAUAGUGGUCUCUGACUGGUGGCCAGACUCCCUCAGGUGGAACAAACUUAAACUUGUGCCUAUUUUUCAAUGCUGAAUUGAAUGUCAUUGAGAAAACAGAAAGGUGUCAUCAUGUAUUUUUUUUAGCAAACAUCCUUUCUGAAUUUAAAAGUAAUCCAAUAAGUAAUCAUCUAGUUUUUCCAAAGUAUCUGUAAUCUGAUUACAAUAUCAUUGCUGGUAACAUAACUUAUUACAGUUACAGUAUUUUUGUAAUCAGAUAACAAGUAACCCUGACUUCAGUUUGUAAUCAGAUAACAAGUAACCCUGACUUCAGUUUGUAAUCAGAUAACAAGUAACCCUGACUUCAGUUUGUAAUCAGAUAACAAGUAACCCUGACUUCAGUUUGUAAUCAGAUAACAAGUAACCCUGACUUCAGUUUGUAAUCAGAUAACAAGUAACCCUGACUUCAGUUUGUAAUCAGAUAACAAGGAACCCUGACUUCAGUUUGUAAUCAGAUAACAAGUAACCCUGACUUCAGUUUGUAAUCAGAUAACAAGUAACCCUGACUUCAGUUUGUAAUCAGAUAACAAGGAACCCUGACUUCAGUUUGUAAUCAGAUAACAAGUAACCCUGACUUCAGUUUGUAAUCAGAUAACAAGUAACCCUGACUUCAGUUUGUAAUCAGAUAACAAGUAACCCUGACUUCAGUUUGUAAUCAGAUAACAAGUAACCCUGACUUCAGUUUGUAAUCAGAUAACAAGUAACCCUGACUUCAGUUUGUAAUCAGAUAACAAGUAACCCUGACUUCAGUUUGUAAUCAGAUAACAAGUAACCCUGACUUCAGUUUGUAAUCAGAUUACAAGUAACCCUGACUUCAGUUUGUAAUCAGAUAACAUGUAAUCAGUUGCUCUCCAACCCUGUCAACAACAAAUAUACAGUUCACCAACCACCUGUACGUGAACUUGACAUAACCUUUAAGUGACCUUAUGCAAAUUAUGUAGCAUGUCGUAAGCUGGACAAUAGUAAACAACAAACAGAUAUUCUAGAUAUCCUUUGACCAAUCAGAUCACCGCUUUUGCCAAUAAUUGGGCAAAAGAUCAGAAUUGGGCUGCCUGUGUAAACACAGCCUUUAUGGCUAUAUAACUGAUCUACUGUCCUCUUCUUUGACCAGGUGUGUAUGUGUUUGUGGUGUUGAAGAAGGCAGCGGAGGUCCAAGAGGAUGUUCUAGCCCGGCAGCUCAGAGAGAUGGUGUCCAGGAGCAUCGCCAAGUACGCCUGCCCAGACUUCAUACAGGUAGUACUACUAAUGCUGGUAGUCUAGUGGGUACUAUUCACUUGUGAUGCUUUCAAUUGUUGAACCCUCUGCCUAAUUUAUAAGGUCAUAAACAAUGUCCUAAAGCCUCACAAGACUGUCCUGAACAUGAUUUAUAACAUUAACAGCCAUGACAGCUGGGUUGUGUUAAGUAGGGCACGCUGUAGCAAAACGUUUUGCAACAGAAAAAGUAUCCUCCCCGUUUCAAAAAGUUUUUAAUGAAGGGAGGAAGGAAGGAUGCACUUUUAAAGUAUUCAAACAGGGCUUUUAUCUCUGUAGGUGGUGAGGCAUCUGCCAAAGACUCGCUCAGGGAAAAUCAUGCGUCGUGUCCUGAGGAAGAUCGUAGAGGGGAACACGGACGAGCUGGGGGACCUCAGCACGCUAGACGACCCCGACUGCGUACGCGAGGUCAUCAGGGGUCACCAGCGUCUCCGUGGCGACGGCAAGCAGCAGUAACAACAGAGUAUUAAAGGGACACCACCAAUUUGUAUCUUUUAUUUUUUUACUACAGAAUAAAGAAAAACCACCAUUUUCAAUGAUAUGGUGCUGGAGACAAUGAAUAUGAGGUUAGACGUUGGUGAAGUGUCCCUUUAAGUUACAGAACACUCACAUAUUGUAUUGUGUAGCACAAAUGCCUCUGUCAUGACCAAUAGAGAAUCAUCAUACCAGCUGUAUACAUUAUAUCUAUCUGCAACAUUCUGAAUGUGUGACCAUGUUGAAUAGACCCCACCCUUGGUAACUCUGGAUCCACAUCCAUUCCCCCAAACUAGAGGGACGUGUAAUAUGCUUGGAAAACGCUUAGAGUUGUGUGUAUUGUUAAAUACUACUGCAUUGUUGGCGCUAGGAACACAAGCAUUUCGCCUACACCCGCAAUAACAUCUGCUAAAUAUGUGUAUGUGACCAAUAACAUUUGAUUUGAUUUGAGAACCUUAAAAAAAACCAACAUCAGUCAGUAAAAUGGUCUUUAAUAUUUCAUGCUAUUCUUUGUGCUCUGUUUCUUAAGCGCCUGUUCCGGAUAACUUUAAUGACUUGAGAAGAAAGGUAUUUUUAGUAUUGUAUUUUAAACUCCUGUUAUUAGUUGCAUGAUACAAGGCAGAUUAUAUUAAUUAACUUUGUUUUAUACAGAUUAUGAUUUGAGUAAUAAAGCAACAAUAAACACUUUUUUUUUAUUGGAGCUGCAUCCUUUAUUGGUCAGUCUCAUUAAAAAGCAUGAAAAAAUACAUUUUGAAUACACAUUUUAUGUCAAUAAGAAAGUCAAAGACAUCGUAUAUCACAUUAAGACCCAGUAUAUUCGUCAGCAAACAAUACACAGUCCCACAGCUUAACCUAUUUUUGUUCAGUUUACAGUAUAUUCCACAUUAAGUGAGCUGCAUUAAGAGAGACGUUAGUUACCAAUACUAGAUACCAUGACUUGGAGAGUGGUGCAGGCACAUUGUGUUUGGGUUGUGGUUGUCUUCUGUUGAGUGGUGUUCAGUUACGUUGUGGUUGGACUUUGGUGUCAGUUACAUUGUGGUUGUUUUUUGGUCAGUGUUAAUUUCGUCAACAAAAAUAGUGACUAAAAUAUUCGUCAAACACCUAUUUUUCAGUGGUAAUUGACAAGACUAUAACGGACUAAAUAGAUGCUGAAAAAACUAUAACUAAACAAAAAUGAUUUUGCAGUUGACUAAAACGAGGGGAUAUAAAAGUAUCCGGGCUCCCGAGUGGCGCAGCGGUCUAAGACACUGCAUCUCAGUGCUUGAAGCGUCACUACAGACUCCCUGGUUCGAUUCCAGGCUUUAUCACAACCGGCCAUGAUUGGGAGUCCCAAAGGGCGGUGCACAAUUGGCCCAGCGUCGUCAGGGUUUGGCCGGUGUAGAUAAGAAUUUGUUCUUAACUGACUUGCCAAGAGUGUGCAAAGCUGUCAUCAAGGCAAAGGGUGGCUAUUUGAAGAAUCUCAAAUAUAUUUGUUUAACACUUUUUUGGUUACUACAUGAUUCCAUAUGUGUUAUUUCAUAGUUUAGAAAAUAGUAAAAAUAAAGAAAAACCCUUGAAUGAGUAGGUGUGUCCAAACUUUUGACUUUUGACAAAAGUAUGUGGACACGCCUUAAAAUUAGUGGAUUCGGCUAUUUCAGACCACACCCGUUACUGACAGGUGUAUUACAUCGAGCACACAGCCAUGCAAUCUCUUCAUAGACAAAAAUUGGUGGUAGAAUAGCCUUACUGAAGAGCUCAGUGACUUUCAACGUGGCACCGUCAGUUCGUCAAAUUUCCGCCCUGUGUCAUGACUCUCUUGUGAUGGUCCCAAGAUCAGAAUACAGAGAACCAACCGUCUACAGAUCUCUCUCUCUCUCUCUCCCUCCCCGCAGAACACAGGAGGGAUUGAUAUGGGGGGGGGUUUAUGACCCCUCGCGCCAAAAUCCCAAAUGGUUUGCAGCAAAUUACUCCUUGUUGGUCCCUGGUAUUGGCGAUCUGAAGUCUCUACAGGGACAGAUUGCCGCCCCAAACGCUAAAGGACCAAAGGUGGACACUGGAACAGUAUAUUUCAACAUCCGAAUAUUGGGAAUGAUGAGAGAGGGAAUAUGGAAAAUUAAAGUCUAUUUUGUGAUGUCAUUAAAACUUUAAUAAAAACGUUAUAACGAAAAUAUUGUAACUUGAAUCAAUAAAAUCAAUAAAAUUGUAUUUAUAAUGCCCUUUUUACAUCAGCAGAUGUCACAAAGUGCUAUAAAGAAACCCAGCCUAAAACCCCAAACACCAAGCAAUGCAGAUGUAGAAGCACGGUGGCUAGGAAAAACUCCCUAGAAAGGCAGAAACCUAGGAAGACACCUAGAGAGGAACCAGGCUCUGAGGGGUGGCCAGUCUCCUUCUGGCUGUGCCGGGUGGAGAUUAUAACAGUACAUGGCCAUUAAGGACAGAUUUUUCUCCAAGAUGUUCAAAGAUUCAUAGAUGACCAGCAGGGUCAAAUAAUAAUCACAGAGGUUGCAACAGGUCAGUACAUCAGGAGUAAAUGUCACUUGGCUUUUCAUAGCCGGGCAUUUAGAGGUUGAAAUAACAGGUGCGGUAGAGAGAAAGAGUUGAAAAACAGCAGGUCUGGGACAAGGUAGCACGUCCGGUGAACAGGUCAGGGUUCCAUAGCCACAGGCAGAAGAGUUGAAACUGGAGCAGCAGCACGACCAGGUGGACUGGGGACAGAAAGGAGUCAUCAGGCCAGGUAGUCCUGAGGCAUGGUCCUAGGGCUCAGGUCCUCCGGGAUGGGAGGGAGAGAGGGAGAGAGAGAGAAUUAUUAUUAUUAUUUAUUAUUAUUAUUAUUAUUAGAAUUAGAGGGAGCAUACUUAAAUUCACACAGGACACCGGAUAAGACAGGAGAAUAACACCAGAUAUAACAGACUGACCCUAGCCCCCCCGGCACAUGGACAAUUGCAGCAUGGAUACUGGAGGCUGAGACGGGGGGGGGGGGGGGGGGGGGGGACGACACUGUGGCCCCGUCCGACGAUACCCCCGGACAGGGCCAACCAGGCAGGAUAUAACCCCACCCACUUUGCCAAAGCACAGCCCCCACACCACCAGAGGGAUAUCAACAGACCACCAACUUAAUACCCUGAGACAAGGCUGAGUAUAGCCCACGAAGAUCUCCUCCACUGCCCCAGCCCGAAGGGGCGCAAAACCGGACAGGAAGAUCACGUCAGUGACUCAACCCACUGAAGUGAUGCACCCCUUGAGUGGGUUGAGUCACUGAAGAGCUUUCAUACUGUGCAUUUCAAGUUUGCAUCCGUUACGUUGUGUAGGAAAUAUCCAGGAGGAUAUUUUCGUAAAGAUAGGAAGAUGAUUUUGGUUCUUUAACGAAACCGUAGAAACUUCAGAAUACUUUUCCCCAGUAACUAGCCACGCCCACAGGAGCUCAGAAAGAGUGUCUUCAUCACGUAAGUGUAUAAAAGCGUAUAGAAGAGUGUAUAAAAUAUUGAGUUAAGAAUUAACAAAGGAGACUAGACGGACCUGAAGCUGCAGCUAGGUCUAUAUUGGUCCGGACCCUGAAAACCAACAGACGAUUGAAGAAGACGAAGGAGCCUCUAACAGUCAAUGCUACGGUUGAGAAAAUGUUCUAAGUACUGUAUCUAGGACCAUCCGGCUACUCUCUUCAAAUCAUCGUCGACGACACUGUUCUCAUAACCCCAUCGACACGGAUCAUCGACACAGCUGAUUAGCCGUCCUCAGAAGAUCACUCUUCCAGAACAGAACAUCACCCUGUUAGUCCACUGACUACAGAACCAGACAACUAUCAUCCGGAACACGAGGAGAAAACCCCCAUCGAGCCCUUUCCAUGGAGGCCUGGGUCCAACAGAGAUACACGACCUCCAACACAUAAAUACACUGCUCAAAAAAAUAAAGGGAACACUAAAAUAACACAUCCUAGAGCUGAAUGAAUGAAAUAAUCUUAUUAAAUACUUUUUUCUUUACAUAGUUGAAUGUGCUGACAACAAAAUCACACAAAAAUUAUCAAUGGAAAUCAAAUUUAUCAACCCAUGGAGGUCUGGAUUUGGAGUCACCCUCAAAAUUAAAGUGGAAAACCACACUACAGGCUGAUCCAACUUUGAUGUAAUGGCCUUAAAACAAGUCAAAAUGAGGCUCAGUAGUGUGUGUGGCCUCCACGUGCCUGUAUGACCUCCCUACAACGCCUGGGCAUGCUCCUGAUGAGGUGGCGGAUGGUCUCCUGAGGGAUCUCCUCCCAGACCUGGACUAAAGCAUCCGCCAACUCCUGGACAGUCUGUGGUGCAACGUGGCGUUGGUGGAUGGAGCGAGACAUGAUGUCCCAGAUGUCCUCAAUUGGAUUCAGGUCUGGGGAACGGGCGGGCCAGUCCAUAGCAUCAAUGCCUUCCUCUUGCAGGAACUGCUGACACACUCCAGCCACAUGAGGUCUAGCAUUGUCUUGCAUUAGGAGGAACCCAGGGCCAACCGCACCAGCAUAUGGUCUCACAAGGGGUCUGAGGAUCUCAUCUCGGUACCUAAUGGCAGUCAGGCUACCUCUGGCGAGCACAUGGAUGGCUGUGCGGCCCCCCAAAGAAAUGCCACCCCACACCAUGACUGACCCACCGCCAAACCGGUCAUGCUGGAGGAUGUUGCAGGCAGCAGAAUGUUCUCCACGGCGUCUCCAGACUCUGUCACGUCUGUCACGUGCUCAGUGUGAACCUGCUUUCAUCUGUGAAGAGCACAGGGAGCCAGUGGCGAAUUUGCCAAUCUUGGUGUUCUCUGGCAAAUGCCAAACGUCUUGCACGGUGUUGGGCUGUAAGCACAACCCCCACCUGUGGGCGUCGGGCCCUCAUACCACCCUCAUGGAGUCUGUUUCUGACCGUUUGAGCAGACACAUGCACAUUUAUGGCCUGCUGGAGGUCAUUUUGCAGGGCUCUGGCAGUGCUCCUCCUGCUCCUCCUUGCACAAAGGCGGAGGUAGCAGUCCUGCUGCUGGGUUGUUGCCCUCCUACGGCCUCCUCCACAUCUCCUGAUGUACUGGCCUGUCUCCUGGUAGCGCCUCCAUGCUCUGGACACUACGCUGACAGACACAGCAAACCUUCUUGCCACAGCUCGCAUUGAUGUGCCAUCCUGGAUGAGCUGCACUACCCGAGCCACUUGUGUGGGUUGUAGACUCCGUCUCAUGCUACCACUAGAGUGAAAGCACCGCCAGCAUUCAAAAGUGACCAAACAUCAGCCAGGAAGCAUAGGAACUGAGAAGUGGUCUGUGGUCACCACCUGCAAAACCAGUCCUUUAUUGGGGGGGUCUUGCUAAUUGCCUAUAAUUUCCACCUGUUGUCUAUUCCACUUGCACAACAGCAUGUGAAAUUUAUUGUCAAUCAGUGUUGCUUCCUAAGUGGACAGUUUGAUUUCACAGAAGUGUGAUUGACUUGGAGUUACAUUGUGUUGUUUAAGUGUUCCCUUUAUUUUUUUGGAGCAGUGUACAUGCAUUACUUACAUUUACAUUUAACAUUUAAGUCAUUUAGCAGACGCUCUUAUCCAGAGCGACUUACAAAUUGGUGCAUUCAACUUAGGAUAGCCAGUGGGACAACCACCCUUUUUUGUUUCUUUUUUUUUUACGGGGGGGGUGGGGAAUGGGGGGGGGUUUGGGGGUAGAAGGAUUACUGUUAUACUAUUCCAGGUAUUCCUUAAAGAGGUAGGGUUUCAAGUGUCUCCGGAAGGUGGUCAGUGACUCCGCUGUCCUGGCGUCGUGGGGGAGCUUGUUCCACCAUUGAGGUGCCAGAGCAGCGAAUAGCUUUGACUGGGCUGAGCGGGAACUGUGCUUCCGUAGAGGUAGGGGGGCUAGCAGGCCAGAGGUGGAUGAACGUAGUGCCCUCGUUUGGGUGUAGGGUCUGAUCAGAGCCUGAAGGUAAGGAGGUGCCGUUCCCCUCACAGCUCCGUAGGCAAGCACCAUGGUCUUGUAGUAGAUGCGAGCUUCAACUGGAAGCCAGUGGAGUGUGCGGAGGAGCAGGGUGACAUGAGAGAACUUGGGAAGGUUGAACACCAGACGGGCUGCAGCGUUCGGGGCAAGGUAUUAGGAUUACUGUGAGAGUUGUUCCAUGUGUGUGCAAAUGUUCUCUCUCCCUCUCUCUCUCUCUCUCUCUCUCUCUCUCUCCCUCUCUCUCUCUCUCUCUCCCUCUCUCUCUCUCCAUCAACCCCAUGACCUCAACCCCAUCAAACACUGUUGGGAUGAAUUGGAACGCCGACUGCGAGCCAGGCCUGUUCACCCAACAUCAGUGCCCGACCUCACUAAUGCUCUUGUGGCUGAAUGGAAGCAAGUCCCCCACAGCAAUGUUCCAACAUCUAGUGGAAAGCCUUCCCAGAAAAGUGGAGGCUGUUAUAGAAGCAAAGGGGGGGACCAACUCCAUUUUAAUGCCCAUGAUUUUGGAAUGAGAUGUUCGACGAGUGGGUGUCCACAUACGUUUGGUCAUGUAGUGUACUUUAUUGAGGAAAAUUGUAUAUUAAGAUGAAUGCACCAACUGUAAGCCGCUCUGGAUAAGAUGUAAAUGUAAAGUGUAAUUAAUAACUUCACCAUGCUAAAAGGGAUAUUCAAUGUCUACCAAUACGUGCCUUUCUUUGCGAGGCAUUGGGGAAAACCUCCCUGGUCUUUGUGGUUGAAUCUGUGUUUGAAAUUCACUGCUCAACUGAGGGACCUUACAGAUAAUUGUAUGUGUGGGGUACAGAGAUGAGGCAGUCAUUCAAAAAUCCUGUUCAACACUAUUGUUGCACGCAGUGUGAGUCCAUGCAACUUAUUAUGUGACUUAUUAAGCACAUUUUUACUCCUGAAUUUAUUUAGGCUUGCCGUAACAAAGGGGUUGAAUAGUUAUUGACUCAAGACAUUUCAGCUUUUCAUUUUUUAUUAAUUUGUUUAAAAAAAUUGAAAAACAUAAUUCCACUUUGACAUUAUGGAGUAUUGUGUGUAGGCCAGUGACAAAAAACAUCUUAAUUUAAUCCAUUUUAAAUUCAGGCUGUAACACAACAAAAUGUGGAAAAAGUAAAGGGGUGUGAAUACUUUCUGAAGGCAUUGUAUGCUUACUAUAGGUUAAUGAGGCAAUACAAAUGUGAUGUGACUAAAACUUGACUAAAGUGAAAGGGCAUUUAGUUGACUAAAAUGGACCAAUGUUUUCAUUAUUUUGUCAAAAACUAGCAUAAAUAAUUAUUCAAAUGACAGAAAUGUGACUAAGACUUAAUUAUAUUUUAGUCUAGUAUGAAAAAAAAAAAAACCGAAAAAAACAAACAUGCAUGCACUCACUAACUGUAAGUCGCUCUGGAUAAGAGCGUCUGCUAAAUGACUAAAAUGUAAAAAAUUUAGUCAAAAUGACUAAGACUAAAUCUAAAAAAAUGUGGUUGUGUUUUGGUUGGGUUGUGGCCAGUCAUUAUUUCAAGCAUCACUCCUAUUUUAGCUUGGUCAGCUCCCAGCGUCCCUCUCCACACAGUUUCAACGAGACGUCAUGGUACUGCAGGGGGAACAGUCAGAAAGGACUUAAUAACACAUUCAUAAUCCUUCAUAACACAUUCAUAACCCUUCAUAACACAUUCAUAACACAUACAUAAGCACUACAAAACACAUGAAUAAGCACUACAUAAAGCUUAUGUCAACUUGUGUACCUUCUCCAGGCUGCUGCGGUGUCCCAGGCUGACCAGGGUCAUUCCCAGCUGCUUACAUGUUCGGUACAUCUGCCCCUCUGCCUCCUCCGUCAGGGCACUGGUCGCCUCAUCCAACACUGGCACACACACACACACACACACACACACACACACACACACACACACACACACACACACACACACACACACACACACACACACACGGAGUUAGCACUGACAAAAAGAGCCAGAGUUCCUGUUUAUACACUGAAUUUUGUAUUUGAUGUCUUGAAUCAACCGAAGUUGAAUUAUCUCCACCUUAGCUCUAAUGUAGUCAUUACACUCUUCAUGAGUUUAAAGAUGCAUUGUAUCAUAUGGUUAGCAUCGAUGGUAAUGUGGGUAGGGUACAGACCUGCGUAUUUAGGCUGCAGGUAAAAGAGGCGUGCAAAGCAAAGCCUCUGCAUCUCCCCUGGAGACAGAACAUCAUACCUGCAGAGACAGGAAGUCAGCCAUUUACAGUCCACCAUCUAAAGCCCUACGUACUGUCAGGUCCGACAUUAUUGGCACCCUUGAUAAAAUAACAAAUACAGCUAUCUUUUUUUAGAUUGUUUUUAUUACUUGUUAAACAAUAUCUCUUUCUCUAACCAAUUGUAUUGUAUUAGUCUUAGCAUACAAUAUAGCUCAGUAUUUGUAUUGUUUAUUUUACAGUCUUUAUCAAGGGUGCCCAUCAUGUUGGACCUGACUGUAUAUGUAGUACUAAAGCUACAAGACAGUCAGACCACAUUUGCCAUUUGUUUGUUUCUUACCAGUUCCAGUCCACAGGCUCAUCCAGUCCUCCUGUCCUCUUCAGGAUACUAGACUAGAACAUCAGAGAGGGUUCAAGUUCAGACACAGAACCUUAGAAUAACCGUAAAUAUAGUAAAAGCGUACAGAGUGAGACCGUAAGUAUGCUAAUAUACACUCACCACUCCAGCUAGUUCCAGGUACUGUAUGAUUCUCUCGUCAUCCACUGACCCUGUGAAAAAAACACGGAGAAGGUUUGAACUAGGAGAAGCCUCCUAGUGACACUUUCUCUUAAAUGUCAAAAUGGGGCCCUGAGAAUGCUAUUUCACAAGACGAUACCUGAUAGAGGGUAGAUCUCCUUCAGAGGGUAGAUCACCUGUUGAAGAGAGAGAAAAAAUAAGUUAGUUAAAUUCUAUUGCACUAGUCAGCUCUUCCUCAACUAGUCAGCUCUUCCUCAACUAGUCAGCUCUUCCUCAACUGGUGAGUAGGGUUGUGAGCAAAGUAUGAAUGAACAAACAAACAAAUUAAAUGUUAUCUAACCGUUCUCAGUUAGCGUUCCGUCAGUUAGGUAAGGCUUCUGGGCAAUGUAGUGCCUACCUGUUCUCUGAGCGUUCCGUCAGUUAGGUAGGGUUUCUGGGUAAUGUAGUGCCUACCUGUUCUCUGAGCGUUCCGUCAGUUAGGUAGGGUUUCUGGGUAAUGUAGUGCCUACCUGUUCUCUGAGCGUUCCGUCAGUUAGGUAGGGUUUCUGAGGCAGAAAGAGUAUUCCCCUGGGACCGAAACACGACGUCAUCUGGACAUAGCCGCUGUCGGCCUCCCACAAGCGGUUCAGGACCCUCAGUAGGGAGGUCUUACCAGUGCCUGUGUUUAGGGUUGAACCAUAGACGUAGUUAGACGACUCUUCUUUGUAUCUGUCCCAUUAUGGUGUCUGUGACAGCAUGUGCCAUUGAGGCCAUCUCCAUUUUGAAGUAGUAGAUUUUAUUCUUCUACUAUAUCUAUGAGUUGGUAAACCAACUGAAAGGGUGGCAUACUGCCACCUGGAGUGUGUUGUUUGAACAGGUAUAAAGCGUAAGGUUGGCGAUUUACUGCCACCUGCAGUUAUGGAAUGUUUGGAUAAAGUAAUCCUUCUACCCCCCCCCCCCCCCCCAAAAAAAAAAUAUAUAUAUAUAUAUAAUUGUAAAGUGGUUAUCCCACUGGCUAUAGGGUGAAUGCACCAAUUUGUAGUCGCUCUGGAUAAGAGUGUCUGCUAAAUGACGUAAAUGUGCCCUUGAGCAAGGCACUUAACCCUAAUUGCUCCUGUAAGUCGCUCUGGAUAAGAGCGUCUGCUAAAUGACUAAAAUGUAAAAUGUAAAUGUAAUAAUACACCUGUCUACCUCUACCUGUAUAUUAUAAUAUACCUGUCUACCCCUUCCUGUAUAUUAUAAUAUACCUGUCUACUCCUACCUGUAUAUUAUAAUAUACCUGUCCACCACUACCUGUGUAUUAUAAUAUACCUGUCCACCCCUACCUGUAUAUUAUAAUAUACCUGUCCACCCCUACCUGUAUAUUAUAAUAUACCUGUCCACCCCUACCUGUAUAUUAUAAUACACCUGUCCUGUCUACCUGUAUAUUAUAAUAUACCUGUCCACCCCUACCUGUAUAUUAUAAUAUACCUGUCCUGUCUACCUGUAUAUUAUAAUAUACAUGUCUACCCCUACCUGUAUAUUAUAAUAUACCUGUCUACCCCUACCUGUAUAUUAUAAUAUACCUGUCUACCCCUACCUGUAUAUUAUAAUAUACAUGUCUACCCCUACCUGUAUAUUAUAAUAUACCUGUCUGUCUACCUGUAUAUUAUAAUAUACCUGUACUGCUACCUGUAUAUUAUAAUACUGUCUACCCCUACCUGUAUAUUAUAAUAUACCUGUCCUGUCUACCUGUAUAUUAUAAUAUACCUGUCUACCUCUACCUGUAUAUUAUAAUACACCUGUCUACCCCUACCUGUAUAUUAUAAUAUACCUGUCUACCUCUACCUGUAUAUUAUAAUACACCUGUCUACCCUACCUGUAUAUUAUAAUAUACCUGUCUACCUCUACCUGUAUAUUAUAAUACACUGUCUACCCCUACCUGUAUAUUAUAAUAUACCUGUCUACCCUACCUGUAUAUUAUAAUAUACCUGUCUACCUCUACCUGUAUAUUAUAAUAUACCUGUCUACCCCUACCUGUAUAUUAUAAUAUACCUGUCUACCCCUACCUGUAUAUUAUAAUAUACAUGUCUACCCCUACCUGUAUAUUAUAAUAUACCUGUCUUGUCUACCUGUAUAUUAUAAUAUACCUGUCCUGUCUACCUGUAUAUUAUAAUAUACAUGUCUACCCCUACCUGUAUAUUAUAAUAUACCUGUCCUGUCUACCUGUAUAUUAUAAUAUACCUGUCCUGUCUACCUGUAUAUUAUAAUAUACCUGUCCUGUCUACCUGUAUAUUAUAAUAUACCUGUCCUGUCUAUCUGUAUAUUAUAAUAUACCUGUCUACCCCUACCUGUGUAUUAUAAUAUACCUGUCUACCCCUACCUGUAUAUUAUAAUAUACAUGUCUACCCCUACCUGUAUAUUAUAAUAUACCUGUCCUGUCUACCUGUAUAUUAUAAUACCUGUCUACCUCUACCUGUAUAUUAUAAUACACCUGUCUACCUCUACCUGUAUAUUAUAAUACACCUGUCUACCUCUACCUGUAUAUUAUAAUAUACCUGUCUACCCCUUCCUGUAUAUUAUAAUAUACAUGUCUACCCCUACCUGUAUAUUAUAAUAUACCUGUCCUGUCUACCUGUAUAUUAUAAUACACCUGUCUACCUCUACCUGUAUAUUAUAAUACACCUGUCUACCUCUACCUGUAUAUUAUAAUAUACCUGUCUACCCCUUCCUGUAUAUUAUAAUAUACCUGUCUACCCCUACCUGUGUAUUAUAAUAUACCUGUCUACCCCUACCUGUAUAUUAUAAUAUACCUGUCUACCCUACCUGUGUAUUAUAAUAUACAUGUCUACCCCUACCUGUAUAUUAUAAUAUACCUGUCCUGUCUACCUGUAUAUUAUAAUACACUGUCUACCUCUACCUGUAUUAUAAUACACCUGUCUACCCCUACCUGUAUAUUAAAUAUACCUGUCCACCUACCUGUAUAUUAUAUUAUACCUGUCCUGUCUACCUGUAUAUUAUAAUAUACCUGUCUACCCCUACCUGUAUAUUCUGUCUACCCCUACCUGUAUAUUAUAAUAUACCUGUCCAACACUACCUGUAUAUUAUAAUAUACCUGUCUACCCCUACCUGUAUAUUAUAAUAUACCUGUCUACCCUACCUGUAUAUUAUAAUAUACCUGUCUACCCCUACCUGUAUAUAUAUAUACCUGUCCGUCUACCUGUAUUUAUAACACUGUACCUAUUAUAAUAUCUGUCUACCCCUACCUGUAAUUAUAAUAUACCUGUCAACCCUACUGUACUAUUAUAAUAUACCUGUCUACUCUACCUGUAUAUUAUAAAUACCUGUCUCCCCCUAACUGUAUAUUAAAUAACCUGUCCUGUCUACCGUAUAUAUAAGUAUACGGUCUACCCUACCGUAUAUUAUAAUAUACCUGUCUACCGUCUACCUGUAUAUUAUAAUAUACCUGUCUACCUCUACCGUAUAUUAUAAUAUACCUGUCUACCUCUACCUGUAUAUUAUAAUACACCUGUCUACCUCUACCUGUAUAUUAUAAUAUACCUGUCUAUCCCUACCUGUGUUCCCCACCACCAACAGAUGGGAGCCCUGGCUGAUCUUGAGACUCAGCUCUUCAACCAGCAGCUGCUCAGAGAAGGGACUCUUGUAGGACACACAGUCCAGGAUGAAGGCUGUGUCUGCUGGACCACCGUGGACCCU